AUGUUUACAUCCCUAAAUGUAUUGAAUUUCUGCCAAGUGAUUGGCAGUUAAGAUGUUUGUUUCAGCAAGCAGUUGAACACAUGUACAUAAUAAAGUGGCUUGCAUGACUGCUUUUCAAUGCAAAUAGUUAACAGUUUGAACAUUUUGAAAUUCUGAAAUAGUUCAUGGUCAGGGACAAUAGAUCAGUUCACAGUGACAAAGAGGAGCAGUAAUGAUGUCUCUCACUGUCAAAAUUAAAUCCUAUACUGAUAUGUUUAACUUAAUACCUGCAUUGAAUCUUGACUCAUGAAUCUUCAAGGAAAUUAAAAGAAUCUGCAUCAAAAUAUCUAGAAGUUGCUCUUUCUAAAUUUAACUUAAGAACUAUGUGUUUGUGUUUUUAUAAUGCUGGACUGAAUACCAUGACUACUGUGCUAUAACAUUAUCACUGUACUGAUUUAAAUUUCUGUCCAUGGAAGCACAUUUUAUUUUAUUACCAGCACAAUGUAUACAUGUGACAAAAUAUCUUCAGAGAAAAGUCAGAUAAAUUAUUAGAAUUAGCCCAUAGGGCUAAAGAUGAACAUACAUUCAUACAACAGAUUAAGUAUUUUAAGUUGCACUAUGGGAACUUUUUAAUGAGUUGUAAAAAAUCAGUGAGGUGAUUUGUGAUUGUGCCAGGUGAGCUGGUAUAGAAUGAGAAUGACCUAGAAGUACAGUAUUUACAUGCUGCUCCAGCUUUCUGUUUUGCAUUGCAAAAGGAGUGGUGUGUCAGGUCUUUGUGAACAGAAAUUAAGAAAAAUUUGUAUGCCAUGUCCUUCAUCUGAAAAUAUCUCAGUCAGUCAAUACUAUGAGACCUGAUUGAAGGAGCGUUUGUUUGUAUAUAGCAGUAAAGCUCUACAAAACCUCUGAAAUGUUUCAUGGUCAAAGAAGUGAUGGCUUCUUUGUUUUUCAUAGUCCAUCCUGUUCGCAGCCAUCUUGCUGUUGCCUCCCUCUGUCUUGAUAUAAAAUGAAUCGCCUCAGAAUGUCGCUGGCUGUGACGAGAUCUAAACACUGCUGUACUAAGAAACACAGGCUGUGUGAAGCUGACGGUCUAAAUCAGCAUUGUGCAAACUUAACAAUGGUCUGAAUUGAAUGAGUGAUUAUAAUUGUCUUCACAGGAAUUUCUGUAUAUUUUAGUGCAGACAUUGUAACACGAUAGUGUUAUGCUGUAGCAAUAUAUGUCACUGAGUUACAAUGUGCUUGUCGCUGUUUAAUCCACAGAGGUUUGACAUGGGGAGUAAAAUGUCCUUCAGCAGAGGAAGCAGUGACCCAAACACAGCCUCUGAAGUAACCUCUGUGACACCUCAUCCUCGCAGUACCAUUCUUGCUUCUACGGACUACAAGCAGGUAGUUGAUACCUGAAGAUGAGAGAUGCACUGAGCCUCACUUGGAUUCCAGACGGGGAGAGGAAAUGAAAGCUUCAGAACUGACUGAAACUGUUGCUGAGGCCAACUCAUCAUGGAACAUGGAGUCUGACAACCAUUGCCAUGUUGACUCAGAAACAGGCAAUGGAACAAAUAAUCAGGAUACGCACGUAUCAUCACAGGUAGAGGUGGAAGCGAAGCCUCAGGUGACACCUGUGAUUGUGUGCAACUCGACAACAGACAUUCAUAGACAGACUAUGGAGGCCCACAAAAAAUGUGGGCGCCACCAUAAAGUGAAAUUGUGGUUGAGUGAAAACAAAAUAGAUCUGUAUACUGGAGCUGAUGCAGUUCAGCACAAGGACAUCAGCACAACUCUACCUUUGCCAGCAUGCUUAGAAGACCAUGGCAGUAGUGAUGUGCCUGACACUGUUGAAGGUCCAUUAAGCAACAGUUCUGAUCCUCACUCUGUGCCUGAUGAAAAUUUAAAAGAUGUGUCUGUGCUGCCAAAAAAAAGAAGCACAAGGCAGAGGAAAUCAGAAGUUGAAACUUUGAAAAGCACCUUUUCUUAUGUAGAUGCUGAUGCUAGUUUACCUGCUGUCUCUGCUCAUGUCGGUGAUAUUAGUGUUCCUGCUCGGAGGCUGAGGAGUAGAGGGGAGCAGCGACCUUUGAUACAAGCUGAAAACGGUGAAUUGGAUGAUAAGAAAACUAAACCGACUCCCCCCAGACUUACCAAUCAGUCCAUUAUACAAGAUGUUAAAAGAAGAAGGCGUAAACCGGCUGAUCAGCAAGUUCCAGCUAAAGUGUCCAAACUGGAUGAUUUCCAGGAAACUUCAUCAGUGUUGAACAAUGAUGCAGGCUGUGAGGAGGGAGCAGAGGCAGAUAAACAGGAACUAAAUACUGACAAACAAGUGGAUGAUGGAGAUGAAAAGGGUGUUGAGUGUUCCUCACAAUCAAGAAUGGUGCAAGAGCAUCAGGCAGACCUGAAUGAAGUCGCAUUACCACAAAUAAAACGGUAUUCUCCAGCAGCAGCAGCAGCUACACCUGACGUUUUUCCAUCAGAGGAUUUAAGCAGUCUGAACAUGGCAAGUCCUACUCAAAAUGAUGAACUUAAAAUAUCAGAGUCAAAAUCAACAGGUACUCUUGACUCGCUAGAAAAUGCAAACAUGCAGAAUACAGAGCCCUUCAGCUCAGCUGAUAUAACGUCCUCUGAAGAAACACCUAAAUCUGACAGGAGCCUUCCUGCUGUGAAAAGUGAGACUAUAGAGGUUGAGCUGGAUCAAUUCAAUCCUGUGUCUGAGGCAAGCAGACCUAAAUCUUUAGAAACAUGUGCCACUACCACUGUUAAAUCUGAGGGUCUGAACAGUCAACAAAUCACAUUCAGGCGUAAACGAGGUGGAAAGAGAAGGAGGAGAAUAAGUAAUGUGUUGUUACAGAGUCAGCAACUUGAAGAGGACCAUAAAGACAGCACUGACGCUGAACUCCAAGAAGCCAAGUCAGAUGCCGACACAGAUGCUACCUACACUAAAAUGAGAAGUAAAACGCUAAUGAAGUGUGAAUACUGUGGUCGCCCAUUUAAAUUUAUGUCUCAGUUCAUCAUUCAUCAAAGGAUUCAUACUGGAGAGAGGCCAUACAAAUGUCCACAGUGUGGCAAAGGUUUCAGCAAAAAUUCUAAUUUAAAUCUGCAUCUCAAGACGCACAGUAAGAGCAACAUCUAUCAAAAAUGCCCGUUUUGCAAGAUAAAAUUCUCUUGCACGGAGUAUGAGUCUCAUAUGAAGAUGCAUGCACAAGAGCUGGCGCAGCACGCAGUGAACAACAAAUCUGAGAAGGAGAGCCGAGGGAACAACGAUGAAAACAGCCUGGGAGCUCACACAUCUGUGCCUCCAGUAAAGAGACAGAGAAAAGAGUGCCAGUACUGUGGUAAAACAUUCCCAUUUCAGUCUGCCCUUAUACGACAUGUGCGUGUCCACACAGGAGAGAAACCUUAUAAAUGUGAUAUAUGUGGCAAAGCUUUCGGUCAGGCCUACUUCCUCCGUGUUCAUGAGCUGACGCACUGGUCUGUGAAGCGUUACAACUGCACACGUUGCGAAAAGUCUUUCACUCAUUAUAGCAAUGCAAAAAAUCACACCUGUAGGCCAAUGGGAGGCUACGACAACCUCCAGCCUGACGGCAGUGAAAAGCCUUCACUGACGUACACGUGCCACAUUUGCAAGAAUGUUUUUGGCCAUUUACAGGAGUUCAACAGUCACAUGAAAGCCCACACUGGCACAAAACUUUACCGCUGUUUGUACUGUGACAAGCUGUUUGCCGUGCUGUCUGAGUUUAACAGCCAUCACGACCAGUGCAAAGAUUACUUGUCCAGAGCUGGAAACCUGUCCGGCUCUGCCAUAAAGGAGGAAGAGAGAAUGUCGUUAAUUCAGUACACAGUGCCUGCUCUAAGGUGUUCAUCAGGACACAGUUUACCUUCACCUCUACCUGCUGCCAACCAUGAAACACAGAAAAAACUGUUGCAGCCUGUCCGCAAGAAACGCACCACUAAGAAACCGUUCCAGACGACAGUCAUACCGACUAAUUGUGUCUCACACUUUGUGUCAAAGUUAAACAAACUGGACAACAGGUCCGACCCCAGGAAAUAUCUCUGUCCGCGUUGUGGGCGACUGUUCAGACACAUGGGCAGACUCCGAGCCCACAUGCUCACUCACACCUCGGGUCAGAGUUUCACUUGUGCCUGUUGUGGUAAGACCCUAGAGAACUGGAAAAAGCUCUGGCAUCACCAGAGAAUCCAUCGACAGAGACGUGGCCGCUUCACUUGUCCUCAGUGUGGACAAGGUUUCCGAUUUGUAGAGCGCUACAAAAAACACAUGAGCGAGCAUCCGGAGUUCCAGUGGGUUGAGGUCAGGCCUAAGAAAGUGUCUCUUCCGUAUCAGUGUGAGCAGUGCAGGAGCAGCUUUAAGACUCUGGACUUACUGUUCAGUCACCAGCUCUGCCAUUCGACAUCGCAAGACACACACAGGGACAUUGAUUUAUGUCUCGAUGAUCAUAGUACACAGACGAACCAGAAAACAUUUGUGCCAUCCACUAACAACCAUAUAGUUACCUUACUUCCUGAACCUGAGGACCACAGCCUUCCUCCUCAUCCUAGUGAGUCUUCUCCAGUGUCCAUGAUUUCUUUUGGCCAAAAUCAGGAUGUUGAUUUGGGUAAAACAUACCUGUGUGAAAGCAGCCAGCCGUUAAUCCAAUAUAGAGGUACCAGCCACACGAUAGAAGUUGAAAAUGCACUUGGAAAACCCAUUACACCUCUGAGGACUGUAAAACAAUGCACAGCUGCAGAUGGCAUCGAGUGUGCCAUGUGUGGUAAUGUGUAUUCUGCAAUUUCCGACCUUUAUCACCAUUAUUUGCAGCAUGCUAGAGGCCAGGUGUAAUAACGUAAAUGGACGUUUGGUUUUCUGUCUGUGUGUCACCUUAACAGUGUUUAACACAGCGGUGCUGUAGUCUUGGAGUGGAUCAUAUGAACAACGUUGCCAGUCGCACACCUGGAAAAUAUUUAAAAGAAAAGAAAGUGUGAAGAUGUCCACUGAAUGUCCAAAGAGUGAUGAGACUUUCUGUGAUGUUAAUCAGGCAGUGAAUUUUGAGCUUUGGUUUCGAUAUAACUACAUUUCUUUUGAUCAAAUGUGAGGAGAGAAAAAAAAAAUCCUAAAUGUGUUUUUGGAAGGGGCGCUGAAAUCCAGUAUGAGAUGCAGCAAAUACACUCAUGGUCAAAUUAUUAGGUACACAAGACACCACUGUAGUCCAUCUGCCUCAAGGUUUGACACAUGUGUUUAAAGAUGGUGCUUUUCGUACCUUGGUUGUAUGGUAUGAUUAUUAUUUGAGUUACUGUUGCCUUUCUAUUGUUUCAAACCAUUCCAGCCUCUGGCAUCAACAAGGCAUUCUUACCCACUCAUUGGAUACUUAAUCUUCUUUAUUCUGGAUCAUUGUCUAUAAACCAUGGAGAUGGUUGUAUGUGAAAAUUCCAGUAGAUCAGCAGUUCCUGGAAAAACUCAGAACACCCUCUCUGGCACAAAAAAAGUGCCGUGUUAAAAGUCCACCUUUCUUCUCUUUUCUGAUGGCACAGUUUGAGCUUCAGCAGGUCGUCUUGACCAUGCGUCAUGACGACCAUUAGAUAACGAGUAUGCCUAAUAAAGUGGCCCGUGAGUGUAUUUUAAACAUUAAGACGACUGAGUGAUGAUGCAUUGCCACAAUCAUGUAAUAGGUUUUGAUCGCAGGAAUUACAGUUGUUAGCGAUCACAUUGAACAUCAUAAAGUCAUCAUUGCUGUGAAAAUUCUGACAAGAACUGUUGGAAAGUUUGCUACAAGACGAUCAGGAAUUUGGGAAUUUAUAUAUUUAAUUAGCCCAUUCUUUCAUUGUUUUCCUUUGGUCAAAAGAAUUUGGUCAAUAACUCGAAUGGAACAAAUUUACCUCAUAAUGUUUAUUUCCUGUAUGUGGCUGUGAAUGUUAUAUAUACAUAUAUAUAUCAA